UAUAGAAACUCAUAGUAGCAAAAAGGGGUAUCAAUUACUUGUCCGGAAAAGAUGGCACUCUCCAGCACUCUUAACAAUGCCUACAAACUGAGCGUAGCAGCCCUGCAAACUGUGGUUCCGACAAAUCCAACUGAUCCAAGACGAUCCUUCAGACUCACCGUCCCUCAGAACCUGAGCUCUACCGGAAUUCUGCAAAGGCGAUUCCACGUACUUUUCUGCUACCACAAAACCAGGGAUGAGGACUCCGGGUGGCUGUUCGCCGGCCGGAUUAAGGAGUCUCUCGGACGGGCGCUGCAAGAACAGCCGUUGCUCGCCGGAAGGAUGCGGCGGCGUGGAGACAACAGCGGAGAUUUGGAGGUUGUUUCGAACGAUUCCGGAGUCCGGUUGGUGGAGGCGAGCGUUGAGCUCAAGUUGAGUGAUUUUCUUGAGUUGAAGGACAAGGUUGAUGCUGAGGCUAAGCUUGUAUUUUGGGAGGAUUUCACGGAGGAGAAUCCUCAGUUUUCUCCACUGUUUUAUGUCCAGGUGACGAACUUCACUUGUGGAGGAUACUCAAUUGGGAUCAGUUGCAGCCUCCUUCUUGUUGAUCCUUUUCUCCUGUCGAGCUUCCUCAAGAGAUGGGCUGAUCUCCACAACACCAUGUUUUCAAGAAACGAUCUGCCCGAAUUCCCCACAUUUUACCUUCCUAAGCUCGGAAAGUCCGGCAGCUCCGCCGGCAUACAAUUGGGAUCCAACGCACGCAAUAACGCUGCACAAAGCGUAACUUUCAAAUUGCCGAAGAAGAUUUUGGAGUUAGACGACAAGAAUCUGGCUGCAUUGUGCAUCAAGGAGGCGGAGCGUGAGGUUGCUACAAAAAUGGCCUCAAACUUCUCUCUAUUUGUCAAGGCACCUUAUGAGGAUACUAAGGUAGAAAUUUGCUCAAGACAAUUAUUAGAGGUUUCGGAGCGUACUACUUCACCGGGCGGGGUCGUUAGCGGUUUGAGUUGUGCAAGAACAUGGGAUGAACUGGGACUGGAGAAUAUAUGUCUGAAUGAAGGAAAGAAGGCUGUGUAUGUGUCGUGUUGGAUCAACUCAGCAGUUGACGAAGGUUGUGUGAUGAUUAUUCCACCAAGUGAUGAGAAGAACACAAUGGGGCUCAAAAUUAUCGUCACCUUCUCUUAAUUAAAGAUUCUUGGAGAGAAUUAUUAAUAAUGUGGGCAUGGCGAAAGUCACGAGUUGUGUUUCUUGAACUAUUAUAUCAUCGGUGGGUGUUGUGAAUUUGUUGUUGUUCAUGACAAGAGUUUGAACUGGUAAUGAAAGAAUUGCGUACUAGUUACUUUAUUUAUAAUCGUAAUUAAUUUGUUUGUCUCUGUUUA